AUGCAGUUCUUCAGCACAAUCCUGAACCUUGCUGUGGCGGCCAGCUUCUCCAGCGCCAUGCCUGUCUCUUCGGCCGACUCGGACGCCACAGCAGCGACAGCACAAGUCGACUGGUAUCAGGGAGUGGCGACCUUCUCAGGCACAUCAGCCGUCAUCAGCGCGGACGGUUCAUGCGGGACCAAAGUCAGCAGCGGCACCAUCACAGCUGGCGGCUGCCAGAAGCUUAGCACAUAUGCCUUCGGCCUCCACCACAACCCAGACCAGGCCUGCAGCUACAGGCUGUGGAAGGGUGUCACGGACUGCUCCGGCACCGACUACACAGACAUCCCUAUUCCGGCAGACUCCGAUGUGACCUGCAUCAACGACGGCGUCCUGGACGGUGGCAGAUGGUAUCUGGCUUCGGGUAUCUACACCUGCGAGUAA